GUCCUCCUCCUGCGGCCCCAAAACAGAAGUCUAGACUGAGCUCAGCCCCUUCCUACCGCCUGGAGGUUCGGGUUGGUCUGGGAGCCAAGAGGACGUCAUUCAGGAGCUGCGCGCCUUCAGGUGAACGAACUUCGACGGACAGUAGCAGGCGGGAGCGAGCGAGGACAGGGCGGCUUGGAUUUGACCUUUUCCGCCUCAAAACCCGCUUUGAGAGGGCGAGCUGACGAUGACCACCUUCUCGGCUCUGUGGGUGCUCUUACUGUGCCAGCUUUUCACAUCCUGCUCCGGACAGAGGCCAGGCCCCCGAGGAGCCGUUGGCCUGCAAGGGCCGCCAGGGCCCCCUGGACGGGACGGCACCGAUGGCAAGACUGGACCUCCUGGAUUGUCAGGGAAAGCAGGCCCAAAAGGGAAAGCAGGAAUACCGGGAACCGCAGGAAAACCAGGCUUGCCAGGACUUCCAGGCGUGGAUGGUCUGACAGGUCCUGACGGCCCCGCCGGAAAGGACGGACCAGCAGGGGAAUCUGGAGAAUCCGGACCUCCUGGGCCACCUGGACCUCCUGGCAGAGGGAGAUCAGGAGCUCCUGGUUUACCCGGAACUAAUGGCUUAGCAGGUGGAGUCGGACCUCAGGGAGCCAUGGGGGCUGAAGGUCUUCCAGGACUUACUGGACCUCCUGGUCCUGAUGGUCCACCUGGUCUUCCUGGUACUCUCCAUGAUCUUAGCGGUGACUUAUUGUGCCCUGCCAUCUGCCCCCCUGGUCCUCCUGGUCCACCUGGGAUGCCAGGAUUUAAGGGACACACCGGACAUAAAGGAGACAAGGGAGAACUUGGCAAAAACGGAGAGAAGGGCGACUCAGGACCUUCAGGUCCUGCUGGUUUUCCUGGGACAGUUGGCCUGCAGGGCCCACGUGGUCUAAGAGGUUUGCCAGGUCCAAUGGGAUCUGUGGGAGACAGAGGUCUGCCGGGAUUCAGAGGCAAACAUGGCAUUGCCGGCAUCAUUGGGAAGACAGGUGACACUGGAGAAAGGGGUCCCCAGGGAUUCAGAGGUCCCAAAGGAGAAAUUGGUAAAAUUGGUCCUAAAGGAGCAAUUGGAGGAGCAGGGCCCAAAGGGGAGCCUGGCAUUCCUGGCAGAGAUGGCAAAGAUGGCACACCAGGGAUGGAUGGCGAAAAGGGUGACGCCGGGCGCCAUGGGGUAGUUGGAGAGAAAGGACCGAAUGGACUUCCUGGUCUACAAGGAAAGGCUGGUGCCAAAGGAUCCAAAGGAGGAAGUGGUGAUUCUGGGAAGACUGGGGAGACUGGACCCUCUGGAGAACCAGGUAUUCCUGGUGAUAUUGGCAUCCCAGGAGAGAGAGGCAUAGCAGGACCCAGAGGAGUGGCUGGAGGCAUUGGACCUGCUGGUAACCCAGGACCUCAGGGAGUAAAAGGCUUCCAGGGCAUAAAUGGAGCUUUGGGGGAUCCAGGUCUUCCAGGUCCAACAGGAAUUCGUGGAGAGUUUGGCGAAAGGGGGCCAGCGGGAGCCUCAGGAGCCAAAGGAGACAUGGGCGUAGCAGGAAGUGAUGGUUUACCUGGAGAGAAUGGAGAACCUGGUCAUUUUGGACCAGUUGGACAAAAAGGAGAGUCAGGGAAACGAGGAGAACUGGGACCUAAAGGUGUCUCUGGGCCACAAGGAGAGCUUGGGGCAAGGGGGCCCCCGGGAAAACCAGGAUUAAUGGGCUUCCAAGGAGAGCAAGGUCUUCCUGGCAUUUCUGGAAAAACAGGUGUACCUGGUAAACUGACAAGUGAACAACACAUCAGAGAGUUGUGUGGCUCAAUGAUCGAUGAUCAGAUUGCGCAGCUGGCCGCUAAUCUUCGCAGACCUCUGGCCCCAGGAAUGGUGGGCAGACCUGGACCUGCUGGAUCUCCAGGUCAGCCGGGAGUAAUUGGCUCCAUUGGUCAUCCAGGUUCUCGUGGACCUCCAGGAUACAGAGGCCUGCCAGGAGAACUUGGAGAUCCCGGUCCCAGAGGUGACGUUGGUGAGCAGGGUGAUAAGGGAACCAUCGGCAAAGCAAUUGAGGGCCCCGUUGGAGACCAAGGACACCAUGGUCUUCCAGGUGUCCCAGGAAUUGUUAAAGAUGGUCGGGAUGGGUCACCAGGUGAUCCAGGUGAGCCUGGUGAGCACGGCAGGGUAGGUAGGACUGGGCACCACGGACCCCCCGGAAUCUGUGAUACAUCAGCCUGUCAGGGAGCGUCGGUUGCUGGGAAAUCAUCCAACCCCAAAAACCUUUAA